CGGCACGGACACUAGUUGUCGUCAGCCCUAUACCGAUUAGUUGUGUGGGGUACCAUCAAGCUGGUAUUGACUUCGCCUCGCCAUCCUACGCAUCCACCUCAGCAGACUUGGACUUCUAUAUUCACACAUUUGGCCUCUGGCGUAGCGGUCCUUGUUCGAGGAGAUCGCAACGCUUACCAAAGACACGAUCGUCAAGCCCUGCCGAGCGAAUCCGCAACCUGAUCCGACUUCUCGCCUUACGACACUUCUAACUUUGUUUCGUCAUCGCCAUGUUGGCACACUACGGCCCUCACGGAGAUGCCUUCGGGCGCCCGGACGGCUCAUUUCCUCCGAAAUACCUAUCUCUCGAGCAAGUUCAACUACUUCCUCGAAGACAUACUUCCACCUCUAGUACAAGAAAGACAUCCAGACCAAACAAGCUACGCAUCAUCACUUCGCCCGUGGCGCCCGCCUAUCGCCCUUCUACCACUACAAACCGUACCAAGAAGACAAAGACGAUACGCCCCAAGCAGGAACAACCGCCUUCGCCCGCCAUGUCCGGAUACAGCUACUCUUCUUCUGACCAGGGGAACUACAACUACCAAACCUCUUACCCAACUUCAACAGUACCUCAAUACACACAGUCCCAGAUUAACACCUACUACGCACAGUAUCAAUGUUACCCACCUCAACCAUACCAGAUCAUCCCAGAUUACUACGUGCAACCUGUAAAUGUUGCGCCCACUACUGGGUACCACCAACCAGUAGCAAGUGGGUAUGACAUUGGAGGAUGGCAAAGUCACGGCGGUGAUCUAGGGAUCAGUUCUUCGCAAGCGCCAACUAGGAGCAGCAGUCGUACAAAAACAUGGACCUGCGACAUUGCCUCGUGUACCUCCUCAGCAAACUUCACCCGCCUCGCAGACCUGCAACGCCACCAAUCCACCGUCCAUGGCCUAGGCACUCCAGAGUACCCUUGCAAUGUGCCUCGCUGCAACCGCGUAGGCGACAAAGGCUUCACACGACGAGACCAUCUAGUCGAGCAUCUGCGCAACUUCCACCACAUGGACAUUCCCAAACGGAGACCAGGGGAGCGAAGCGCCUUCCCCUUCGGAUGGCCCGAGGGAGGUGGCGCGGGCGGUUCUCACCAGUGAGUCUAUUCACACAUGGGAAGAAAGCGCGGGGAAAGAGGAGGGGCUGAUUGGGGUGUAGG